AUGACUGUAGGGCCCUCAUAUGAGUGCAGUUACACAGGAUUUAUCCUUUUGGGACCGGCUGAUUCCACUCAGCAUAACAUCCUGAAGGUUCACGUGUGCUGCUGUUUCCGCGGUGGCCGCCCCUCUCCGCAUUCCCACCGGGCUGUUUCCGCGGUGGCCGCCCCUCUCCGCGUUCCCACCGGGCUGUUUCCGCGGUGGCCGCCCCUCUCCGCGUUCCCACCGGGCUGUUUCCGCGGUGGCCGCCCCUCUCCGCGUUCCCACCGGGCUGUUUCCGCGGUGGCCGCCCCUCUCCGCGUUCCCACCGGGCUGUUUCCGCGGUGGCCGCCCCUCUCCGCGUUCCCACCGGGCUGUUUCCGCGGUGGCCGCCCCUCUCCGCGUUCCCACCGGGCUGUUUCCGCGGUGGCCGCCCCUCUCCGCGUUCCCACCGGGCUGUUUCCGCGGUGGCCGCCCCUCUCCGCGUUCCCACCGGGCUGUUUCCGCGGUGGCCGCCCCUCUCCGCGUUCCCACCGGGCUGUUUCCGCGGUGGCCGCCCCUCUCCGCGUUCCCACCGGGCUGUUUCCGCGGUGGCCGCCCCUCUCCGCGUUCCCACCGGGCUGUUUCCGCGGUGGCCGCCCCUCUCCGCGUUCCCACCGGGCUGUUUCCGCGGUGGCCGCCCCUCUCCGCGUUCCCACCGGGCUGUUUCCGCGGUGGCCGCCCCUUUCCGCAUUCCCACCAGCAGUGCCCCGGCUUCCCCACAUCUCCAGCAAUGCUUGUUAUUUUCCUGUUGUUUGCAUGGUCCUCCCUUCUCCAUUUACCCACAGAGGCCCCAGGCACAGGUCAGGACCCUCACCCGUGGUACCAGGGCAACGGAGCUGGCUGAGCACAUGGGGUCACCAGCACAGGCCCCAGCGCUCUCACCUGGGCUUCCAGGUGGAUGUUCCCAUGGCUGGACAAGGUUCAAACACGGCGCCCAGGCCCGUGCUGCCUCCCGCUGAGACUACAUCGUCUCCAAGGGCCUCAUGGUCACCUGCAUCCUGGUGGUGGGCAGGAAAGCAGCCCAGGAGGGCAGGUCCUUCGACAGCAGCUCAGGCACCUGACGCCAGGCCAGGCUGCCCUCACUCGGGGUCUCUGACUGUGGAUGGAGCGGUCGCUGCCUCCCCAGAGGAGGACCCACUCACCUCUCCCCAGGUAGGAGCCGCCCCAGUAGCCAAGGGCUAGAGAACCCACUGGGCCAGCGCCAGCCGAUCCCCCUCCCCCCAGCUGUGAAGCCGGCCCUCUCACCUGCCCCUCGCUAGCGGGCAGGGCGGCCUCUGGAGACUGGUGCUGCUCACGGGGCCGCGCCUUCCACCAAACUGCCAGGCCAAGGUCCUCGGCCCCAGCACAAAACAGGCUUGGGCUUCUCGGCUACCAACGUCGUUUCCUCAAGGUUGGACUCCUGAGAGAGCCGAGUUCAUGUGAAGACCCUCCCUCCUGUGAGGCUUCCACCCACCAAGCGAUCCAGACUAAACUCUUCAGCUCCCAAAGCUGCCCUGGUUCCUGCAGCCUGGGGAGUCAGGGAGUCAGGGAGGACCUGAAGUCACUCACCUGGGAGCCCGUGUGCUGUGGGGCUGAGGUUGGGGCUCCCACAGGAGGAGCUGAGGGUGGCAUCUGAGAACAAGUGGUUUAUCUGGGAGGUGGCCCCAGGAAGCAGACAGGGGAAGGCACCUUGCCCAGCAGUUUGACCAUGUGGGCAGCUCGUGCUGGGCCUGUGGGGCCUCCCGGGGAUGUGAUGAUCCCCACGGGAGGAAUCCGUGGUGUUUAUCUACCUGCUCCUGCUUGGUGGGGGCAGGAGUGGUUUUCUACUGCUAAGGAGCCCCACUGCGGAUGGGAUGUUUGGUUGGCACCUUCCAGCCACCUGCACAGCCCCAGGGCAGGCCCUUGGCUUUUCUUCCCAUCCUGGCAACAAGAAGGGGAUGUGGCUGAAAACACCCCACACCACCAUCAACCUCACGUCGACUUGGAAAAUGCCGGCAACUGCAGGGAUUGGUAUCAGAGCCCACGCUGGGGGAGGCCUGUGAAGUCGGGGGUUCCUUGGUGUCACAGCCCACUCUGCGGGAGGAGGCCUGUGGGGUCGGGGGUUCCUUGGUGUCACAGCCCACGCUGCAGGAGGAGGCCUGUGGGGUCGGGGUUUCCUUGGGAUCACAGCCCACGCUGGGGAAGGAGGCCUGUGGGGUCGGGGUUUCCUUGGUGUCACAGCCCACGCCGGGGGGAGGCCUGUGGGGUCGGGGUUUCCUUGGGAUCACAGCCCACGCCGGGGGGAGGCCUGUGGGGUCGGGGUUUCCUUGGGAUCACAGCCCACGCCGGGAGGAGGCCUGUGGGGUCAGGGGUUCCCACUGACACAUUUCUGCGUCACAGAUUUGCGAACACGGGGAUGCUGGGCGUCCUGGUUCUGCAGAGCACGCAGUGGGCACAGCCUGAAAACCACCUUUCUAAAAUGGGCGUGGUUUUCGUGACCUCCCACCUCCUCUGCAGCGGCAGCCACCAGCCCUCACGCUGGACAUGGGGGCCGAGGCCGGGCAUCACAGAUGCGUGGAAAGCUGGCCACAGGCUCCUGACUAAGGACCCUUGGACCUCCUCUUCUCCCGCCGGAUAAGAAGCGUCCCCUCUGUGGGCGACGAUGCGGUCCAGAGCUAGAGAGGGAGAGACUUCAGAGAGAAUGGGGCCCAGGCCGCUUUAGAAAAUGUCUCCUCUCGCAGGCGGUACUGGGGGGUUCUGGGGUGAAGGUGUGGCCGGCACAGCUGACCGCUGCUGUCAGUUCCUGAGUGGGCCACUGAGGCCGUGGCAGCAAGCCCUGCCUGUCGGGGAAUGGCGAGGGUGUGAGUGCUUGGACCGUCAUCCUCGGCUCAGAGGAACUGCUCAGCACGCUUCUCCCGUGUGAAGGUGAUGACUCCGUUUCUGUUGGUUCUUUUGUGAAUUGAAAUGAGCAAAUUCAAGAGACUAAAUAGCUUACUGUCUAUGA